AUGAGCCGCAUUGCCGUGGUUCUGUUCAACCUGGGCGGGCCGGACUCGCUCGAUGCCGUCGAACCUUUUCUGCGUAAUCUGUUCCGGGAUCCGGCAAUCAUUCGUGCGCCGGCACUCGUGCGCCAUUUGAUUGGCCACCGGAUCGCACGCCGCCGCGGCCCGGAAGCGCGGGACAUCUAUCGCACGAUCGGCGGGCGCUCGCCGCUGCUUGGCGGGACCGAGGCGCAGGCGGCUGCGCUUGGCCGCGCCUUGGAGGAUCUCGGCGAGGUCGAGGUCGCCAUUGCGAUGCGCUACUGGCAUCCGAUGAGCGAGGCGGCGGCACGUAAGAUUGCCGCCUUCCGGCCGGAUCGGAUCGUACUGUUGCCUCUCUACCCGCAGUUCUCGACCACGACCACGGCAUCGUCUCUUGCUGCCUGGCGGUCGGCGGCAGGGGCUGUGGGAAUUGCCGCACCGACGCAUGCUGUCUGCUGCUAUCCGCGGGCGGAAGGGUUGGUGGCGGCCCACGCGGCGCUGAUCGAGCCGCUGUUGGCGGCCGCAGCAGAGGCCGGUGAACCGCGCUUGCUCUUCUCAGCCCACGGCCUGCCCAAGCGCGUGGUCGCACGCGGCGAUCCCUAUCAGUGGCAGGUGGAGGAGACCGCGCGGCGGAUCGUCGCCGGACUGGGGCGGGAGGCGCUGGACUGGGCAGUCUGCUACCAGAGCAAGGUGGGGCCGCUGGCCUGGCUGGAACCCUCUAUCGCCGAGGAAAUCGAGCGGGCUGGCCGCGACCGCGUGCCAGUCGUGGUGGUACCGGUCGCCUUCGUCUCCGAGCAUAGUGAGACACUGGUGGAGCUCGACGUCACCUAUCGGGAUCACGCGCGUGCCGUGGGUGUGCCCGCCUACCACCGGGUACCGGCACUCGGCACCCAUCCUUCGUUCAUUUCGGCUCUUGCUGACCUCUCGCGCGGCGCUUUCACGGCGAGUAGCGUCUCUGGGCUGGAUUCCGGCGAGGGCGGGCGGCUCUGUCCCGGCGUCCACCGCUGCUGCCCGCUGGCUGCGCAGUGA